AUGUUACUGCAUUGGAUCCUCCCAGCUAUGUGUUUUCAACUCGCCGCAUCCGCCAAGCUCCAUCCGACAGUCUAUAUAAUCCGACACGGCGAGAAGCCUGCAAACUCAAACGACCAUGGCUUGACCUUGGAUGGAGUCAAGCGGGCCCAGUGUCUGCGACAUGUUUUCGGCAAAGCCUCGGAGUAUGAGAUUGGGCAUAUCAUGGCGCCUCAUGUGCGAUGGGAUGGCGCACAUGGCCGUGCAUUUCAGACUGUUUUGCCCCUCGCUAACGAUCUUGGCCUCGCAGUCGACACGCAUUGCAAGCGGAAGAAAGUGGAAUGCGUGGCGGAGACCAUUAGGUCAUAUGAUGGACCGGGCAAUAUUCUGAUUGCGUGGCGGCACUCGAAUAUGGGCGGCAUUGAGGAGGAGCUUGGUCUCCUUGAGCCUAUCAAGUAUCCGGAUGAGCGGUAA